AUGCUGGAGGCAAUCGACGAGCGCCCGGUGCAGCUACGGCAGCGAGACAUGCAGGCCAACCAGAGUGAGGGGAAGGCGUGGGCAUGUGCAGCUGCCAACGAGAAGGCCAGCAGCGCGGCCUUCGGCUUCAUUCGUUCUGGGAAUCAGGUGCAGCCGUCGGUCUUCGAGGUGCUCGGCGAGGAGCAGGCGGGCCUUGGCUGGGAUAAGAUGCAUCCCAGGCAGCUGCGGUGGCUGCCGAUGAGGUACCAGUCGAGGUUCCUGAACGCGCUGCAUGCCUGGGAGCGGGGCCCGAUCGACAGCAGCCUCUUCCCCAUUCCGAUCUCGCUCCUGCCCAAGUGUCUUGGCAAGACGUGCGAUCGAGCAGGACACGUUCACAAUCUGCUUGCUCCGCACUGCGUGCAGGUGGAAGGCGUGGCCUCUGGCACGGCCGCGCCGGAUCUCAGCAGGUGCAAUGAUCACGUGUCGCAUGGCAUCCUUCGUCGUGAAGCGAAGGCGACCAAGUUUCCUCUGGCGCUGCUGCGGGCACUCUGCUGCGCCUACAGGCUCGGUCGACGAGCGCAGCAUCUUGUUGCGCUCUCAGUGGUGGUUCAUUCUCACGGCGCUAUUGCAGCGGGCUGCAGCUGUGCUCUCGGCUUGGCUAAGCUGAUGGUUCACACAUUGUUGAUGGAGAAAGUUCGUCGGUAUCAUCUGGUGCGAGCGCAGUCUCUCGUUGAUGAUCAGUUGCUACAAGCUUUUGGCACUGCCAGAUUGGUUCCAGCUGCCCUUCGGUUUCUGGCGGAUGGUUUCACGGAGCGCAAGCUGCAGGUCAAUUGGGACAAGACAGGCUGGCUCACAGGCGACGCCGAGCUCGCAGGCAUCCUCGCCAAGUCCUGGGAUGGGGAGCUGAGCGUGCCAGGGGCCUCCGCUGCUUGGGUGGCGAUGGCUCGUCAGGGGUGCUGCGCAGCGCUGUGGGGCAAAAUCAGCGUCUUUCGCAAGCUCAGAAGUCGGCUGAGCGCGUGCAUGCCCUGA